AUGAUCACUGCGGUGGGACCCCGCUGUUUUAGGGCAAGGAAACCGAGGGCAGAUGAGGAAAGUGACCGAGCGGACCACCGCCCUUCACCUCCCCGACACAGACUCCUCACCUUCAGAAGAGGCGUGCAGCUGCGGCUGCUGCUUGCUGGAAGCAUUAGCCCUGGAUACAGCCCCGUCCUGCCCGUGCUGCUCACUGCCGUGCUUAGCUCCCGGGGCCCCGUCCGCCGAGCAGACCCCUCUGGUGAAGCGUGGCCCCCAGGGCUGUCCCUCUGGGCCACAGCAGCAGCCGACCACUGA